AACAAGUUCCGUCAAACAAGAGCUCUCACUACUUCCAGAAAUCUCCUAAAAUUUUGAACAUUACCACCCAAUUCACAUCGAGAAAAAGGGAGCAGAACGACGAAAGUUGGACGAGCUGAGGGUCCCUUGAAAUUUGUGAAUCAGUUAAAAACGCAGGGGACGAUUUUUUACUCUCGAACACACCCCACCCCUCACUCCAAAAUUUAAGAACGAGCCAUUAGGGUCAUUUCCGAGCAGAACGUGCCGUUGGGUGGGAUGGAGGUCAACCAGGCGCAGCAGAAGUUGCCCGGACGACAGAAAGCGACCGUCCCCACAACGGAGAAAGGGGACGAAGGGGAAAAUUCUCAAGAGAACGGACGACUUCCACCUCACUCCGUCCAACCACGUGACGCCCGAUAAAGAAUGAUAUUUGGGCCACGGCAUGGCAUGUGUCUGGGAAGUGGGAACUCUGGGAAAACUUGGAAAAAAUUUGAUGUGGGAAGUAUACGUCGGCCCACCCUUGGCACAAAGGUGGUAUGCCGAAUGUCCACUGUGGACCACGAUUGGCCCGUAGUUGAAAUCCCAAGUUUGGUUUUAUUAUGCAUACACACAUACGGGCCAUACAAAAUAUUUACCAAAUUUCCCGAAAAUGAAAUUGUAAAUGCGGCCCAGAAAUGGGACGUAGUAGAUUUGCCCCAAGUCUGGCACAGUCCGGGAAAUCAUGCUUUGGCCCAGAUGAUCCAAACCAUCGUUGGCCCACGUUCCUCUGGCUACUUGCUGGCCCCAAUCAUUUUGGUGGGACUUUGAUUAACAAAUUAGUGUUAGUUUUUUCACGUUGUCGUCGGGCAGCAAGAUGUCUUCACCACACUUUUCGUCGAAGUUUUCAGUCGUAGAGUUUUUGGAGGAAAAAUCUUUCGCUGCUGUCCUCUCAACUUGGUUAUCUGAAGAUGACGACAAGCAAAUGUGCUCUUGGCCGAAGGGAGUCAAGCUUUUGGAAUUGAUCCAGGACUCAGACAGCAAGCCCAAGUCAACUUGGAAAAAGUUGGAAGUGAAGAUUUUUCGAUCCUUUGGAAGUGAUGACUACAAGAGAGCUAAUUUGAAUGUGGACGAAGCAAGGGUUUUGAGUUCUGGCGAAACUCAAUCAAGCUCCUAUGACUCGGAAAAUUUGAAUUCCAGGAGAAAUAAAAUUCAUUCGAAGAAUCCAGUUGAAACCAAUAAUUUGCCCUUUAAAGCACCAAUAUUGGCAUUCAAUUUAUUAUCUGGCGAAGCGACUCCAUCCUCGUCAUCGAGCUCAGCUCUUACUCCUAUUACAAAUUCGACAAUAGAAGUGGAUCCCUCUGCCCAUGGUUCUAUCUCAGAAGUUACUCCGUUUGUUAUUCAGACAGUUCCAUCGGAGUCUGAUAACAUUUUCAGAGAAAGAGUGUUGCAUUAUUUGGAGGGUUUGAAGACUGAAGUAAAUCUCUUCAUCAAAGUUGGCACCCUUCUUGCUGCCAAAAAUAUUGAGGACGAAGCCCCUUCCUUUGCAUUCCCACUUUUAACUGAUGAAGAUGUGGAUCAGUUCGAGCAGUGGUUGGGCGAUCCGAAGUGAGGAAAAAUAUUGCUGGUCGACUUGGUGAAAAUCGGAGGCCUUGAUGUGAAUGAAACUACAGUUAGGAUUUUGAGUCAUGUGUUCAGUCAUUCAAUAGCCCUUAAAAUGUCAAAAACUGGAAAGGGGGAUGGGAAUAAGUUUAGUUUUAUGAGGUGGAAAUGUUCCUCCAUCAUCAUUGGUAGGUAAAUUUUAUGGAGAUCUUAUAAAUUAUAAUUAAUUAUUCACUCUUCAGUAUGUAUGUAUGACUUUGCUGUAAUUUAGUAUUUAGUUAAAAAUAAUACUAAUUAUGUAUAUUUGAAAUUAACGAGGUGCAAUAAAAAUAAGUAAGUAUAAAAGUAUGGUACAUAUUCGGCAUACCUGUGGGAAAUUUAUGGCUUAAGUAUGGCACCUUAGUAGUAGAUAGAAGUGGCCCAUAUUCGGGGUAACCACGAAAAUGACUAUGCGCCCCAGACUUGGGCCAGGUCUGUGCCUGAUUCAUAUGAUCUCGGGGAAAAGUAUGGCCCAGCUUUUCCCCAACUAAGGGUCAGAUAAGGCUAUCAACUCCGGAGCAUUAUGUUUCCCUGAUGUCAACUCGGUACAUAGGCCAUACUUGCGGGCUACUGUGCCCCAGACAUGGCCCACAAAUAAAUUCUUUAUCGGGCGAUAACCACGUGCCCUCACCCUCUGCUAACAGCAGGUCAUCAAAAAUUAAGAAAUACAGGCAAAUUGUCAUUGAGAAAAUCUUCCCAUGCAAAAUCUGCCUUUAUCCCUUCACCAACAGAACCAGUGCUGACCUCCACGCUGCACCCACCUCAACUCCCACGAGCUGGAGCGGCGGUCCUCACUUUUUCAUGAAAAAUGUCCCCACUGCGAAAAAGCGUUCUUCCUUCGUCUUCACUUU